AAUCUGGCAGCUCUAGUCAAUGGAAUCAUCAGCAAAGAAAAGCUAAGCUGUUCAUGAAAGGUUUUUAAUAUUUCAUACUGAUUUUCGAAUACUUAACAUAGUCAAAAUAUAUUUUGGUUUGCAACAUCAUGGCUCGCGGACAUCAAAAAAUUCAAUCGCAGCAGAAGGCUCAAGAGAAGGUCGCUAAAAUGAAAAAGCAGCAGGGUCACGGGCUGAGCGACCAGAUGAAAGCCGCACAAAAAGCUUUGGUGUUCUCCUGUGCUGUUUGUAAAUCCCAAAUGCCGGAUCCAAAGACCUACAAACAGCAUUUUGAGAAUAAGCACCCGAAAUCAGAACUUCCGGCUGAACUAAAGGAAAUUUAACCGGGCCUCUUCGAAAAGCGUGGACCAGUCAUGACGGCGGAGAGAGAUACCAAGACCAACACAUUGAAACAACAGUACCGAGACGAUUCCACAGGAUUUUUUCUGCUAGUUUUAGUUCCUUUAAUGUUCAAGCCUCCUCCCUACUUCAAUGUAGGUAUUUGUAUAUAAUUCCAGCCAAAGAAGAGCGGCAGCACAAGAACUCAUUCGAAUAUAAAUCGCUAUCGUUUGGCCGGUUUCUUCCAGAGACAUUCUGCAUCGUGCGUAUUAAAUAAAUUUUAGAGAUUAAUAUCAUUCCA